AUGUCGUUGGAUUCGACGGGCAACCUCAAGCAACAGUUGACCACAAAUCUCGGUCCCAAGGCACCUGUAUACUUCGAUGCACUCCAAAACUUUGUAACCGGAAAGAUAUCGAGGGUAGAGUUCGAGGAGAUAGUUACUAGUAUCCUCACUACGCCCAUACUACUACAGAUCCACAACGCCCUCAUCAUAUCCCUCUUUGAUGCCACAGCAACCUACAAACGGAAUGCCUUGAAUGCAGCGGCCAACAAUCUUCUCAACUCGAAUCUAAACACGCCGCCACCCACCGCAUCCAAGCCACCCACUCGAAAACGGAAAAGGACGCUAUUGCCGUAUCAGGGUCCCGGGCUUUCUGAAGAAGAGAGGACAUUGAGGAGUAAUAGGCUGAAGAGAUGGGUUCUGGCAAUGGGAAGGAAGGAACGGGAGAGGAUACGGGCUUUGGAGAAAACGAGUUCUGGGACGCCACCACCGGCGCAGCCGAAUGGGACGACGACACCGAUGCAGGUGGAUGGACAGCCUCCACCUGCAUCCACGACACAGAGCGCGAGACCGAGACCAGAGCUGGACGAAAUUGCCUGCGAGAGGGGGGUUACGCUGUUGCCGGAACGAAAGGGUCCACCUGGUUUGCGGCCACCCGUUCAAUUGCAUAGCACCACCCAUGCACCAACGUUGCAGCAUAUAGCAGAACGCAUAAAUCUCAUCUGUGCUCAACACGACCUCAACCCUCCAUCACGCCCCGUAGCAUCUCUCAUGAGUCUGGCUUGCGAAGCCAAGCUCAAGCAACUCAUCACACAUGCUCUUACCCUUACACUCUCCAGCCAAGCUAUCAGCUCAAUCAACACUUCGGGGUCGGGUACCGCUGGCCUCCUUUCUCUGGCCCUGAGUGGCGAGCAGGGCCAGUCGUCUUCUUCGUUAGCUUCAAGCUCGACACAUCACCAUAUGCCGCAGCGUGCACCGAUCCUCACUGCGCCUGCGUUCCAGUCCCUCUUCACCCUAUACCCUGCAAGUUUGCCAAACAAGAGUGCAGCAGCUAUGAGGUUGGCUGCUAUACCGUCCCCAGCGGAGGAUGACAGCGAUGAUAUUCCCGUGCUGAAGGACAGAGAAGUUAGAGAUCAAAGAUGGCAAAUAAUGGCCCUCUUGGCAGAAAGGAGUACGGUUAGAGAGAGUUUAAAGGCUGUCCGGUGA